CAUUCUCUCAUUCCUUCAUCCAAACACCUUCAUUUCUUCAGAGUAGAUCUCUCGUUCUUUACAAACAUAGUUCCGUGGACUAUCUUCUCAUUAUUUCUUGAAACUUUCAACCGCGAGCUGGUCUUGACACACGCUGCCCUCUUUGCAUUUCUAUAUCUACGAAUAAGUAACCAAAUAAAAAGCCAAAAUGCAAACCCCAAGCAUCCUCCUCGCUCUCCUCCUCGCGGCCACAGCAACCGCCUCAUGCAUUCCCGCCGCCGCCCCCAUCGCUUCCUCCUCUGCUUCACAAGCCGCCGCCGCCUCAAACACCACAGCCUCCGUCUCAUCCAGCGAUUUCGGCACCUGCUCCCCCGCAAUGGAUUUCCAACUGGGCCGCGCCCAAUUCAACCGCAAAGCAACCGAAGGCACCUUCCUGCCCACGGACCCAGUCGUGGCCAAAGGCCAGCAAGACGCUCUCAACCCCAACAUUAUUACGAAUGCGAUUUGCAACAAUCUGAUUAACAAUUGCGGGGUGGCGAAGGAUUCGGCGGGCGAGACAGCGUGUUUGGCUGCUAAGGCGCAAAUUGCGGCGCUGGGGACGAGGGACGCGAGUACGGCGGCUGCGUGGAAUGCUGCGCUGGGUGUUUGAAUGGGAUGGAGAGAGUUGGGGAAGGGGUUGAGAGGAGGGGUGAGGAGGUGGGGAAGAGAUAAUGUGGGAAGGAUUAAAUCAAUCAGAUCCGCGGCUCAAAAGCAC